CCUCUCACGUUUCACCAUGCCGUCGUCGACGUUACAACUCUAAGCGACUGCGUACAUAUAUUUAUGAAAUAUAUAUUAAUACCGUUACGCGCCCGGCUAUAAAAAAAAAUAUUUUUGACCGCGGGGUUAAAGUUGUAAAUUACCGAAGCCACGUUAACAGCUUUUGUAAAUUUAUUUUCUCCACAUACACGUGCUCGUAACAUUUAUACACUCGUCACACGCGCCGCGUUUCUCGAAACAGGUUUACUCAUAACGCGUAAUAUAUAUUCAAAUACACUUAUUAAGAAUGGGUGUUGGUCAUUCAAACAGACAAGAUCGCUCAUGUCCUUUGGACGGUGAUGUAAACUUUGAUCAUUUUGAAAUUUUACGAGCAAUUGGUAAAGGCAGUUUUGGUAAAGUAUGCAUAGUAGAAAAAAAAAAUUCACGUCAAAUGUAUGCAAUGAAGUAUAUGCAGAAGAGUCGUUGCAUUGAAAGAGAUGCCUUAAAAAAUGUUCUAAGGGAAAUGGAAAUAUUAACUAAGCUUGAACAUCCGUUCCUGGUGAAUUUAUGGUUUUCUUUUCAAGACGAAGAAGACCUAUUCAUGGUUUCGGACUUAUUAUUGGGAGGUGACUUGAGGUACCACUUGGGUCAAGACGUUAAGUUCAGUGAAAAUUCAAUAAAACUGUUUGCAUGCGAAAUUGGCUCUGCGUUAGAAUAUCUACAAAGCGAGCAUAUAGUUCACAGGGACAUAAAGCCAGAGAAUAUUUUGCUAGAUGAAGAAGGUCACGCACACAUUACCGACUUUAAUAUAGCAGCUACACUACAUGGUAAAAAAUUAGCAUCAUCACUGUCUGGCACCAAACCAUAUAUAGCACCAGAAGUUUACUUAUGUUCUUUGGGCGAAUGCGCUGGAUACUCUUACCCCGUUGAUUGGUGGUCGCUAGGCGUUACACUUUACGAAGUCAUGUCAAGGUGCCGACCGUACGACAUUCAUUCUAGCACAACACCGAGAGAAGUUAGAUCAAUGUUGAUGAAUUCAUCAGCGUCAACGGCAAUACCACCAAAAUGUUCAGAUCAAUUGAGUGAAUUAUUUCAAAGACUGUUGUGCAUUAACCCAGAGAAGAGAAUCACCACGGUCAAGAAACUGAAAUCCAUUCCAUGUAUAAGUCGAUACAAUUUCGGAAUGAUAUUAGAAAAACAAAUCAGGCCACCGUUUACGCCACCAAAAGAUCGGCUGAACUGCGAUCCGACGUUUGAAUUGGAAGAGAUGAUCGUUGAACCCAACCCAUUACAUCAAAAGCCUAGACGUUUAGCAAAGCAAAGGUCGCUCAGAACUUCCAUGACAAAUGAAUUUAUUCAGGACACAGAAGUUAAUAGACAACUUCAAAAUUUCAAAUGCUAUAAUCGUGAGAAAGAACUAGAAAGACGAGAAAUGGAACGUAAAGAACACGACUGGGAGCAGGAACUCAUUAAAGCCAUGAAUGCUUCGACGAUACCAGCAAUCGUCCCGACCAUGGUGACGGACAGGGACGGCGGAAGUGACUUGUUGACGGUUCCCAUGAUGGCGACCGAACGGCGGCGGUCCAGUUGCAAGCUGAACAUCUCGCCUGUCAGUAUCCAGACAAGACUGCUUUCUACGCCAGCCGAUUCUGGCAGCUGAUACAAAAACGAGGCACAGUGAAAUCGAAUGCCACCGAAAAUCUAUUGACGAUAAUAUUAUUUUGUUUAAUGUUAUUAUUACUCUUUGUAUUUAUUUAUUUAUUUAUUUUUUAAUAUUAUCACUCCUUUGUGACCGUCAUAUCAAACGUAUAUUAUUAUAACGCGCGUACCACUUACUCACAAUCGACGCGUGGGUGAAACAACAACUGCAUUGAUAAUACCGAUUAUGAUGAUGAUGACGAUAAUAAUAAUAAUAAUAAACUGCUCGAACAAUUCAUAUUACAACGUACGUAUUACAAAACAGAAACGAUAUUAGAUAAUAUGAUAUUGUCAUUAUCAGAUUACGAUAUACUUAAAUGUCCAGGAAUCGUCCAUCAUCACGUUAUCAUUUAUCCGUUAUAAACAAUAAUUCUAGGUAUAAGGGUACUAACGGAGUUCAAGUACCGUGAUAAUUAUUUCAAUAACUACGACUUUUGUUGUGUAUGAGCUAUAAAUCAACAACGUAAUUAAAAAGCGUUUUAAAAAAUAAAAUAAGUAAUUUAAUUGAAUGAUUAAAAAAAUAUUUUCAUUCACAGAUGUUGCAAGUGCUUUUCGAACAAUUUUGUUUAUAUAAGUACCUAUAUAUUAUUAUAUAGGUAUUAUAUAUUAUUA